GACAUUGCUGAAUCGCGACUCUCCACAACUAACAGAGAGGCCAGGGAAAUCUCAGCGGAAAUAGAAGCUUCACCGUGGAGUCACUAUGUCAUCAGAACAUGCAAGGCUUCUUCUACGGAGGCCUUUGCCCCCUAAAAAGAUUCCCCCCAUUGUGAAACCACUUCCUUCGCCUAUACUUUCAGGUACAAUCAUAGACUCAUUGCCCUCAACAGCGAGAAGGGAUCUGAAGGACAGUGCCUCCGAGCGGAGUGAGUCAAGCUGCCACGUGCUUCCUCUUUGGGACUAUGACCCUGCAGCCUUCAGGGCGGCUCCCACUCCCCUGACCUCGGUCCCAUCCAUGCUAAUACCUAAAAUAAUUGAGGGCUUCCCCUGUAAACCCCCACGCACCCUUCACAAAAUCCCCCUCCUCGACCUCCUCAAGACAGACCCCAGAUACAUCCCCUCUCCCCCUAGCUUUAGCUUCAAUGAUUUUCUGCUGUACCCUAAUGGCGGCUGUGAGGCUCAGUCACUAGAGGGCCUGAAGAAAGUGGCCCUGUCUCGCUGCAACUACAGGAAGCUGGUUGGGCUUUUCCUGAUGGAGCUGCACAAAGGGCAGCAGACUGAGGUGUCCAAGCAGCUGAUGUCCACUGAGAAAUUGCCAGAGGCCAAGACCAGGAUCCCACAGAAGCAAAUCAUAUGCGAGCUGGCAGCAUUGAUCCGUAUGGAGGUGCAAGCUCAGAUGAUGUGUCGGCGGAGCUGUGUGGGAGAUGGGACCUGCAGGUCUGAGCAGAAGUCUGUGGAGAUCUGGGUACCCCCAGGGGAAAGACAAGCUGUUCAGAAGCAGGAAAAUGUAUACCCAGGAACGGAGGUGAUCCUGAACUCUGUGACAACCAAGAACUUCCAGGGCUCUCGGCGGACCCACUCCCCAUUCAGGCACUGUGGAGAGGCCAUCAGCCCAUCUGAGCUGGCCAUACUGGACUGUCUGACGGAGGGGGGCAAGGCACUCACCCUGAAGGCCCACUUCAUUGCCCUGCUUCCUGAUCUGACUCCUCUGGCCCAGAGCCUGCUCUACCUCAACCUGUCCUUCAAUGACUUCACUAUCUUCCCAGUGGAGGUGUAUGAGCUCACACAGUUGGAGGUGCUGAAGAUGAGAGACAACCCCAUAGAGGAGAUUCCUACCGGCAUCCACAGACUCACCAGGCUCAAAACCUUUGUCAUCUCCUUCUGCAAGAUCACCUCCCUGCCGCCGGAGCUGUACCAGCUGCCCACCCUGCAGUUUCUAGAUGUAUCCUACAACCUCCUCUCAUCCCUAACUAAUGAAAUCAGAAAACUCAGGACUCUGGAGUACCUGAAUGUGGAGGGGAACCAGCUGCCUGGUCUGCCCUGUGGGGCCCUGCGCCUCUCCCUCACCCAGCUCAGGAUCUCCAACAACUACAUGCACCCCUACUUCUGGAAGAGCUGCAGCCAAAACUCCCCCCAGGAGCUGCAACACUCAGCCACUAUGACACUCUCUCUCACAGACACCUGUCUGCGCUAUGCCAGCCUACCCCCUGAGGCACAGAUGGCCCUUAGCAGGGUGGGUGUGUGUGACUGCUGUAGGGGUCCUAUGUACGGACCUGGACUCAAGGUGAUCCGGCCCUGCUACAACAUCUUCGGACUACACAGGGUGCCCUUCAUCUUCAAUGCCUGCACCCCAGCAUGCCACUGGAACUUCAAGAACCAGACCAAGAGUCUAUCCAGUGUUCUGUAUGGAGAAGACACAACUCACAAUAGUGAACAAGUAACAAGACUAUGAAGGAACCAAUACUGAGGCUACUGUAUCUUGGCCUGAAUAGCCAAAGACCUCUGGACAUCUAUCUCAUCAGGACUACUAAUCUUGUGCCAAAUUGUAACCUUACCAUUACUGAUGUAACUGUCUUUAUAUAGCCUUGAGUAGUUGUCUGCAAAACAUGUAUUUUGCAUAGCAAGUGCAUGUGAAUACUCCCAUAAUUAUGGCACUUUUAAUGUCUACAUUUUCCA